AUGCCACUCUUUCCAUGGCCAACCGCCCUUCCUUCAAAGGACCACAUCCCCUCUCGCAUCCUUCCAUCUAUCCUACUUAUAGUUCCACUGCUCACAAGUCUAACCUCCAUCUGGCUCUUCCUCAAUGAUAUCUGGACACAAGUAUUCUGCACGCUCUUCAUUCUGAGGUAUCACCGGCUAUUAGGCCAUGUUGUUGGGUCGUGGAUGUAUCGUCCUGCAGAGGUAAAGCAGGAUCCUUCGUUCUCGAGGAAUGAUGUUACUGUUAUUCUUCCAACUAUUGAUCCUCAUGGUCCUGACUUUCGGGAGUGUGUGGAGAGUAUCCUUGCGAAUAACCCUGCUUGUAUGUUGGUUGUUACGGUUGGUGCUGUUCUGAGAGAGGAAUGCAUGACUGUUCUGCGAAAACUAAGCAUUGAUGCGCCUCAUAUUGAGAUCUCUGUUUCAGCGCUUCCGGAGCCGAGUAAGAGAAGACAGAUCACUCAUGCUAUGCCAAGUGUCACUACGCCUGUUACAAUUUUCGCAGACGAUCAUGUCUUCUGGCCAAGAAACUUUAUCCCCUCUGUUCUUGCGCCCUUCGAAGACCAGAGUGUCGGUAUGGUAGCCACUAAAAAACGAGUUCGUCGCACAACACCAGGAGUCUGGACAUGGCUUUCCAUCGUCAACUUUAUCGCAUGCAACUACCUGCAGCGUCACAACUGGGAACUCCGUGCAUCAAACGCCAUCGACGGUGGAGUGUUCGUCAUCUCAGGCAGAACAGCGGCGUACCGCACUGAAUUCCUCAACAACACUGACCUUCUCCAGCGCUUCUGCAAUGAAAAGCUCUGCUUUGGACUUUUCGGUGGUCAGGGCUUGGGACCCGAUGAUGAUAACUUUUUGACGAGAGAGGGCAUGAAGAAGAAGUGGCUUGUCAAGUUUCAGGACACAGAGGAUGCGACUAUUGAGACGACGCUUGGUGAGUCGCCCAAGUUCAAGGAUCAGUUGCUUCGCUGGGCACGUACGACUUUUCGAAGUAAUCCAGUCAUGCUUCGUGAUCCGGAUUUCAUCUCCCGGUAUACAUGGAGUUGCUUCAUGGUGUACUGGGCCGGUCUUAUAAACUUUGCUAUACUCUGGGAUGCAGCGCUCAUCACGACGUUUGCCCUUGCUGAAGACUUCAAUGCCGGUGGAUUGGUGAUCUUCUUAGUGUUCAUGUUCUGGACAAAAAUUAUCAAGAUCAUCCCUCACUUUCUCCAGUAUCCUUCUGAUUUUCCGCUUGUUAUUUGUCAAGUUGUGUUUGGGUAUGUCCAUAGCUUCAUUAAGCUUUGGGCGCUGGUCACGUUCUGGGAUUGUGGUUGGUCCGGUAGAAAUCUGAGCGAGGUUAACCCUGAGCAUGUUGGGCUUGAUACGUCGUUUUAUCAGGUCUAG